AUGUUUCAUCCCUCAAUCUUUGAUGAGAUUUCAAUUCCAGAAAAGGGAUUAUUCAAUGAGGAUCCCCCGUUUCCUCUUCUUAUAGAACCGAAAGAAUUAAUGGCUGCUCAAAUUUCCGGUUUAGAAUCAACAGAUUACUUUUUAAUUGACCUUUUAAAGCGUGAUUCACCACAAGUAAGAAUCGUUAUCGAAACAUAUUUACGAGAAAGAGAAUUUAUUUCAACAAUUCGAUACUUAAAAGACAAAAUUGUUGCGAAUUGCAUUGAUAACUUUGCAUUAAUACCAACAAAGCUUAUUCCACCUAUUCAGAAUUUAGAAAGCAUUCAUAUUCUAUUACUAAAUGCCCUCUCUCGCAUUCUUACAAAUCCUCUUUCAGAUUAUUACAUCUUUUUCAAUGAAAUUAUACAUACAGUUAAUGUCGUUCCAAUACAUCAGCAAUACAUUGCAAAAUGUCUCGAAAUUGAACCAAUGUGUCAGACAUUUUCUAUAAAUGUUGAUCAUCUUGAACCAAAAUCGAAACUGUUUAUCCAUUUAUUCCGCGAACCAUUAACAUACAUAUCUGAUAUCGCAUCUUUAGUUUUAAAGGCUUCUAAACUUAUAUCAACAAAUAGAACUCAAGAAAUGGUCGAAUUCUCGAACAAUUGCAAGAACAUAUUGAUGUCUAUCGAUUCUAUACCAAUACUCGAGAAGAUUGCCAAGAAUUUCUUGAUAGAACCAUUCCCAAUUGUAGAACCAGGAAGAAGAUUCAUAAAACAAGGCACAUGUCUCAAGCAUUGCAGAAAAGAUGUUUCGGAACGCAUCAUUAUAUUAUUCUCCGACUUCUUCGUAUACGCACAGCCUCAUGGAGGCAAAUGGAUGGUUCCGGCCGCAUAUCAUUUAUCUAAGAUGAAAAUUGAACUCCCUAAAGCAGAUAUACAUUGUAUAUCUAUAUAUUCGCCAAGGAAAUCAUUCGUAUUGGAGUUCAAAUCAGCCAGCGAAGUGAAAUCUUGGUAUGACGCCAUAUCUAACUCAAUUUCAAACGUUCAGGCAGGUACAGAUAAUAAUUUCGAGGUCGCGCCAAUAUGGAUGCCUGAUAGUUCCACUCAAGUUUGCAUGAUUUGUCACCAAGAACAUACAUUUUUUGUCAGAAGACACCAUUGCAGAGCGUGCGGUGCUGUUGCUUGUUCAGAUUGCCUUAAAUAUAGAGCUAUUGUUAAGGGGGUAUCACCAACUCCUGUAAAAGUCUGUUUUAACUGUUAUCAAAAGAUAAUGAACCAGAAAUCUAAUAGAAUUAGCUCACCAACACCACAACCAAUCAUCCAGCCUCAAAGAGCUCCUGCUUCUACACUUCCAAAGAGGUCUAUUUCGCCUCCUCCUGCAAUAUCUGCAAGCGACAACGAAUAUUACACAUCAUCCGAUUAUGUAUCUGAUUGA